AUGUCGUCAUCCCUCACGCCUUGGGUUGAGAUGUAUCGCCCUCAAACGAUGUCCGACAUCGUGGGCAACGCCGAGGCCGUCUCGCGUCUGCAGGUUAUCGCGAGGGAGGGCAACCUCCCCAACCUGCUCCUCUGCGGCCCGCCGGGCACCGGAAAGACGACCAGCAUGCUUUGUUUAGCCCGCGACCUUCUCUUGCGCGGCUCGGCCGCCUCAUCGUCCUCGGCCGGCAACCGUGAUAUUUUGAAAGACGCGGUGCUGGAGCUGAACGCGAGCGAUGACCGCGGCCUCGACGUAGUCCGCGAGCGGAUCAAGCUCUUCGCGCAGACCAAAAAAACGCUCCCUGGGGGCGGCCCCAACGGCGACUCCACCGGCGGCAUCGCGCUGCACAAAAUCGUGCUGCUGGACGAGGCCGAUAGCAUGACUCCUGCCGCGCAGCAGGCGCUGCGUCGCACGAUGGAGCUGUACAGCGCCACCACCCGCUUUGCUUUUGCCUGCAACCAAAGCAGCAAGAUUAUCGAGCCGAUCCAGUCCCGAUGCGCCAUCGUGCGCUUCGAAAAGCUCUCUAACAUGGAUAUUUUAAAGCGCCUGAUGUUUGUCGUCAAGCAGGAGAACGUCCAGUACACGGACGACGGUCUGGAGGCGUUGCUGUACAUGGCGGAGGGUGACCUUCGACAGGCCAUGAACGCCUUGCAGGCCACCCACACUGGCUACUCGAUGGUUAACGCGGAGAACGUCUUUAAGGUGUGCGAUCAACCCCACCCAGUGCUCGUGGAGAACAUCCUGACGGCAUGCCUUACUAAGAAGGAUCUGGCGGAGGCGCACCGGGAGGCCUCUCGACUGCUUCGCCGCGGGUACGCACCGUCGGAUGUCAUCUCGACUUUCUUUCGAGUCGCCCAAACCAAGGUGCAGAUGUUCCGCAACGAGGUUCAGCAGCUGGAGGUGCUGAAGAUCAUCGGUGAGACCACGAUGCGCAUUGCCGAAGGUGUGGGGACUCCCCUGCAGCUAGCUGCCAUGCUUGCGCGAAUGAUUGCGACGGUGGAAUGA